AUGGAGCAUGCUGCUUCGGCUAACGUCGUGGUUUAUCCAAAGGGUAUGAGAGAAAUAGUGAAGUAUACAAAAGAUCGUUACAAGAAUCCCGUCAUGUACAUCACUGAAAAUGGGUAUAGUGAUGUCAACAAUCAGACGUUGCCACUUCAGGAAGCUCUCAGGGACAAAGGAAGGAAGGAUUACGUUCAAAAGCAUCUCGUGAGCCUUCUCAAGGCCAUCAAGGAGGAUGGGGCAAAUGUGAAAGGGUACUUUGCAUGGGCCUUAACGGACAACUUAGAGUGGCAAUUAGGAUACAGCGUUCGGUUUGGUCUUUACCUUGUCGACUUCCAAGACAACCUCAAACGCUAUCCCAAGGAAUCGGCCAAGUGGUACAGCAAAUUCCUUGCAAAAAACUAAACUGAUUUUAUUCUCUGUGUGUG